AUGUCCAACAGAUACGAGUCUGCCGAUACUCCACCAACAAAUCCAGCAGCUACCAUUCCCUCGAUCCUCGUCGACAACGGUCAUUUCAUGCUGACGAGAUUGUCGACAGCUAAAACAAACCACAAUGUCUCUCCACCCAUCGAACUCCGUAACAUCAACAACCUCAACCUCCACCCGCCCCUCCCACAACCGUCACAAAUCCUCAACCGCCGCAAUCUCCCGCCUCACCUCCGAAGCUGACCCCGAAGCUCCCCCAACCGGCAAACGACCACAGAAGAGUCGAUCGUUUAUUGCGCAUACCUCGCGACAUCAUGGAGCGCGUGUACCGUCCUAUGGAAAAGGCUUGAAUAAAUUGCACAAGAUGAGUGCACUUACUAAACCGCCAGCAACGGCAGUGGCGGGGGCAGGGGAUGGUGGACAGGCGCGGAGUCCGGGAAAGAAGAGUGCGUUGCGAAGGGCGCAGAGCGAGGUUAGGACUGGGGUUGCGAUGGCGGCCGCGCAUGACAGUCCACAGAAGAAACCGGUGAAAUCGAGUCGGCAGUCGAGUGUCAAGUUUUCUGCUGGGGCAGAGAGUUGGGACGAGCGGGAAUUUGUAGAACCGCCGCCUUCGACACAAACAGCAGGGCUUGUUAAAUGUGACUCCCUCGAGAUAACCGAGGUAUCGCCUGUCACGCCAACACAACAUAGCCAUGGACAGCGAGAUGGAAACGGGAACGGCGAGGUCAAGUCCCCACCGCACGCACUCAUGCGAAAAAUCAGCACAAAUUUCGGCCAAGCACAACCCAAACUCUCCACCGAAAUCGCGCUCUCGAAGGAUUUGAAUCAUGCUUCUCUCACCGACGUACACACCCACAAUAUCACUGCUCCGUCCUCCCAGGAAGGUGACUUGGAGUCACCCAUCACGUCGAGAUUCAUUGAUCCGGCUGCACCACGGGCGGGGGUGGCGGGGGGUAAGGCAGGAAAGCAGAGCUCGAGGGAGAGGAGUAGUAUCUCUGCCGCCAAACGGGCCAUGUCCGCUGCCUCCAUCCCAGCCCUCUCCUCCUCCAACAGCAACACCAUCUCCCGCACCCAACAAAAAGUCCUCCUCCAACGCGCAAUAACGUUCUCGAACCCCGAAACUGACGAGAAUGAGGGAGCAAGUGCGGGAACACGGGUGUUGACACCGAGCCAGCAUGCGAGGUUCGGGAAGGAGAUCGAGAGGGUGGGGAGGGAGUACGUGAACGCGUGUCGGUUUCGGGAUCCAGUGGUGGAAGCCCUCGGACGUGUCAUGAAGCAAAUUAUCAAGGAGGGAGCGGGUGUUACUGCUCCUGUCUCGCGGAACGGACCAGUGAGGAAUUUACGGUUGGAGGAGACGAGGAGGGGUACAGGUUUGUUGUCGAAGAGUGAUAGUAAUUUGGCGGGGAGGCGGGAGAGGGGUGGGACGAGUGCGGUGAGCGGGAUGGUGAAGCAGAUGUGGAGGGAGGACUGAGGGAGGUGGGAUGUGGGAGGUGGGAGGUGGGUUGUGGGUUACGGUAUCAGCAAUGUUCUCACGGUAAUGCACGGUGCCUGCCUGACUCGAUCGCGGAGCACGCC